AUGUUUUUUUUAGAUUACCGUCUACUUAAUAUUCCGUGUGGUGUUUGUGGUGAUCGUUCAACAGGGAAACAUUAUGGAGUAUAUAGCUGUGAUGGUUGUUCUGGAUUUUUCAAAAGAAGUAUACAUAAAAAUCGUUCAUAUAUAUGUAAAGCAAGUGGUCAUUUAAAAGGUAAAUGUACCAUUGAUCGUCAUCAUCGUAAUCAUUGUCGUGCAUGUCGAUUAAAUAAAUGUUUCUUAGCACAAAUGAAUGAAGAAAGUGUUCAACAUGAACGUGGACCAAGAAAAUCCAAUAACAAUAAUAUUAAAAACUUGACAUCAAUUAUCAAUUCUACCAUAGAAGAAUCUACAAAUAAACAAAAUGAAGAAUAUCCUUUAAAUCUUUCUAUACAUCAAAAUAAUUCAAAGAUAAAUCAUAAUAACAAUAUUAAUAAUAAUGAUAUCAAUCGAAAUUUGAAUCAGGCGGUAGAAACUCAAUCGAUUUGUUUAAAUGAAUCAAUUCAAUGUUCAGUGGGGCGCCUGUUCGAAAUGAAUUCGUUCAAUGCCACUGCCACUACCACUACCACUACCACCACCAAUAUACCAUCAUCAUCAUCAUCAAUGAUAAAUUUAUUAUCACAAAAAUAUGAUUUGAAAUUAUUUACAAAAUUAAUGCAUAAUUUUUAUAAUCUAUGGAUUAAUAAUAAUAAACAUACAUUGACUUAUCCAUUUUGCACAAUUAAUCAGUUUGAUAAUAAAGUUAAAGAUCUUAAUUUGAAUGAAUUGAACAUUGAUCAACAAAGUAUCAUUUAUCCAUGGAAUCAAUGGUUGUUAUUGACAACAGACUAUUUGAGUUUAUCGAAUAAUUUACAAGAAACUUUGUUCACAAAAUUCAAUAAUCCAAAAUUAACAUCCGACAAUACGCAAUGGAAUAUUGAUUACCCGAAUUCUCAUUCUGAUUAUUCUGAUUAUGAUUAUUCCAACAGUCAGUUCAUGAAAAUGUUGAAUACAAAUCAUCAUUUCAAUUGGAAUCAAUUUGUAAAAUUAAAUGAUUGGCAUAAAAUGCGAAUUGGUUUACAAAUUCUAACAAAUAUGAUUCAUUGGAUUAGGUAUUAUUUUGUGUUGGAUAAUAUUGAUUUACAAAGUAACGAUAAUCAUGAUAAGAAGAUUGACAUCACUAAUACAAAUUGGAUAUAUUUAUUUUAUGUUCAUGUAAUGGAAUAUAUACUGUACAAUUUUCAAGAUAAUCAUACUACUGAUUCUGUUACUGCAAAAGAUAAACCACAAUCAAAUAAUUUCAAUACCAGUCAUGAUUCAUUCGCAAAUUUUAUGAUGAUCAAUGAUUAUGAUUCAUCAUUGGACAUUAGCAUUUCAUUUGUUCAAAAUUUAAUUGACUUUAAUUUAACUAAAGAAGAAAUUGAAUAUUUAAAGUUUAAAAUAUUUAACAAGAAUAAUUUAAAUUUGAUCCAGACUACAAUGAAUCAUCAUCCGACUGUAUUCACUGCUGAUUCACUGAUACGAUAUGAUUUAAUCAAUACACUCUGUGAAUAUCUAUUGAAUUUCAAUGAAAAUUGGUUGAAACAAUUAAGUUUACAAAUAUUUUUCACAGCAAUUAUAUCAUCUCAUAAUAAUAAUAAUAAUUAUAGUAGUAAUCAACGUGAAAAUCGAUUAAUUUUAGAUAAUAUUUUGAGAAAUUUAUUAAAUACAAUUAUUAUUAUUUAUACCGAAAUGAAAUAA